AUGCCACCACCAGAUAAAGCAAGAAGAGACGUUCUCAUUUCAAAGGCAUUAUCAUAUUUGCUCAGACAUGGUGCUGAAAAAGAGAAGCUAUCCAUUGAUGAUCAAGGAUACGUCAAGAUAUCUGAUGUGUUAUCGCAUCAGCGACUCAAAAGUUUGAAAACAACCAGAGAUGACAUCAACAGAAUUGUUCAAGAAAAUGACAAGAAAAGAUUUACCAUUAAAGAUGACAUGAUAUGUGCCAACCAGGGCCAUUCGUUAAAAGCAGUGAAAAAUGAUAACCUAACUCCAAUGACCGUCGACGAGCUCAACCAAUUGCGUAUUUAUCAUGGAACUUAUAGAACCAAAUUGCCAUUAAUAAAGUCAAGUGGUGGGUUGAGUAAGAUGAACAGAAACCAUAUCCAUUUCACCUGUGAGCAAUAUUCUACAUGUUCGGGAAUAAGAUAUAAUGCUAAUGUGCUAAUUUAUAUCAAUGCCUCCAAAUGUAUUGAGCACGGUAUUGUAUUCUAUAAGAGUUUAAACAAUGUGAUCUUGACCAGUGGGGAUAAGGAUGGGAAGCUAAGCUGGGAGUUUAUUGAUCGCAUUGUUGGCCUUGACGGUAAUGAAAUUAACAAAGAGCAAGUUUAG